CGAUAACCUCACCGUUUGAACACUCCUAAUUUUGAGCAUAGAGGAAAACCGGCAGGAAGCUGAUUAAGAUUUUCCAAGAUAGAACGCGGUGGCAAAGGCUGGAACAAAACAAUGUUCAAUCAUAGACUGUCCACACUAUCAUUGGAUUCGACAAAUGUUUUCCCGUAAUCCAGCCGGUGCUGCUGCCUUGGCAAAAUCGGAUUCCAUUUUCAUUUACCUAACCCACAACCAACUACAAUCUAAAACACCAUGGCAAAAUGAUUUUGGCAAUCAAUGGGUAUUGAUAUUGGAACACAAUUGUACCUCUGUAAAUUUAAAAUUCAUACAAGUUUGACUUUUAUUUGAGACGACUUGUUAGUAAAUUAUAUAAAAUUAUAAUCGAAUUUUUUUCAUGAUCAACUCGAAUUAUUGAUAUCAACUUGUUUCUAACGUAUAUUUGUUUGGUUGGUGUGGUGUUAGUCAAUUGGAGGGAGAUAAUUAGAUGGCAGAGGUUAAUUAAGGCCAAUUUGGAAGGGUGGGAUUUGGGUGUUGGUAGUGGUGAUUGUGCAUAGGUUCUGACUCAGAUUCAAAGUAACACCACACUUUUCCUGUCCUAAAUCCCAAAUCCUUAAAAUCUCUUAAUUACAAAAAUCUGAUCUUCUCGUGGCUUCCGCGGAGCUUCUCCCUGAUCAACAUGGGCAGUAUUUUUGUCGCUGUUGCUAGUAUCGUAUUAGGUUUUAGUUUUGGUAUCCGGUUUUCUUGAUCGCCAAUCUAUAUUAAUAGAGUUUCUUCAACUACGUCUUUUCGACUAUUAUUUUAUUAUUAUAAAUUUUGUGGUGAAUUAUUGUAAAUACUAUAAUUAAAAUCCAAUUCUGCUGCUGAGAGUUGAUUGUCAUCGAAAAUCACUUUUAUCCAAUUGGAUAUGACUUCUCAAACGAAAACCGACUCAUAAAUUUGCAGUUUGUACAGAUCCUGCUUUUAUCUUAUAUGUAAAUCAAUAGCUCUAUUACUAUAUAAAAGAAUCUCAUCCAUCUCAACUACUCAAAUUGUUAAAAAUAACUCAAGUUUGGGAAUGGCAAUGAGGCAUGUUUAACGAGGGUAUCUCGAUACACAUACCCGGCCCGUGACAGGUCGGGUAAUUUAUCACCGACCGUAGGUCGGGACAGGUCGACCUAUUAAUUGGGUAUAUAAUUAAAAGAAAAAUAUUAGAAAUAUUUUUUCAUUGAAAACCCAAUAAAAAACUCUAUAAUACGACAAAUAUAAUUAAAUUAUUUGAGAAAUUGACGUUAUCACCUAUUUACAACUUCACCGUAGCUAAAAUAUAACGUAAUAAAAAUAAAAUACCGAGCAAUUUGAGUAAAAUUACAUGUAAUUUAGAUGUGGCAGGUCGGGUCCAGUAAAGUACCCAUGCCCGGCCCGCCCCCUCCCCUCUUACACAGAGUAGGUAUUAGUAUUACCCAUAUCACAAAAUAAAUUGAAUAAAACGGAUCCGAUCGAAAUUGUCUAUCCCUACUCAAGUUCAAAUCUUAAAUCACUCUACAAAGACUCAACGACCCGCUCUAUAACAUCUUACGAUCAUAAGUUGAAUCGUUAAUCUCAUGGCUGAGUUUAACAAAGGGUUAGAUAUCUUUGUGACCAACCAUUCCAACUGAGGUUUCAAUUCAACCGAUUCUCAUGUCGUGUCCAGCUAGCAAGUUGCUGAUUUUGGCAUGACUUGCGACCACACCCAUUUCUCCCUUUUUCCCCACUAGCAGUACAAACAACAACAUAUGAAUACGGUCCUUCAGAAAAUGAUUGAGGUGAGGGACUCGAUCUCCAUUUCCUAUUUCUACGGGUCCUCGAUCUUCAAAGGCGACUUGCCGUGUUGUCUGUUUGGCAGCGCCAGCCACUUUCAUGCAAACAUUAAACAAAUGUCGGAGGUGACUCGGAUCUUAUUCAUGCGAUCGAUAAGAUUCCUGACCUCUGUCCCUCCUCCCUAACAACCUAAUUCAUAUAUAAUAUACAAGUAACCUCAAUAGUUGUGGCCGGUGCCAGCCUUUUGAGCCAAUCAUUGGUCUUUCGUUCUCCAUGAUCCUACUUCGUAUAAGUAACAAACAUCGAUUCAUUGACGUCUUUUUGAUAUGAAUCACAUUUUUCAAAAUGACAAUAUGAGAUGGGUGCAUUGACACCAAUCUGAGUAUAAUGAUUUGAGUUAUGAAGGGAAGUUUGAGAACAAGAUUCUGUAAAAUUUUCUUUCAUCUUUUGUUUUGUUUUGUUUUGUUUUACUGAGGUGCAUAUUCAGUAAUCUUUAAGCGAGAAUAGAUGCAUGGAUCACCUUAUCAAAUUUCAGCUCGUGACCUAAUAGAAAAAGGAGCCAGGAUUGAUAAUUCAAGUGGUGUUAGGUUUUGAUAUUUGGUUGUUUAGAAUGUCAUAUUCGUUGGGAUAACAUAAACCCUAAUUUAAUAUACAGAUUCAUGAAUCACGACCUAUCCUACAUCGUCUUUACAUGGAUCCGUAUAUUAAUUAAGUAGUAUUUGAGCAAGUGUAUACGAAACGUCUCAUUAAAUGAUAUAUUUGUUAUAAUGUUAGAACAAUUUGAUUGUAACCUCCAACUUGUUAAAAACCGGUUAAUUCUGGUAACUCUAAUUGUUGGGAGUUGUUGAGAGAUGUUCAACUAUGGUCAUGGAUCUUGUUCGUCCACUAACAUGCCGCCUCAAAACGAAAUCCACCUCAUACGAGUUUGAAGUCUGCACGGGUUUUUAUUAUCACGCGCUUAACAAAUGGGGCCGUCGGGAUUCGAACGUACAAGACCUCUUGAUCAUCAAAGAUUCUGAUACCAUGUCAAGAACCAAUAGAUCUUAGAGGUCGUAUGGAACUUGCUAUUGUUAAACAUGUAUUGAUGAAUUUGAUGUGUUGUAAAAUACAACGUUUGGUAUGUGUGAUUGUGUAUAUAUGUUACAUAAGCUAAAAGCUAAGAUAUACAACAAUCUCGACUCAACCAUCUCAAUUAACCUCAGCUAAAAACUGAGAUAUAACAAUCCCUCUUUUUGAAACAUAUAGUUUAUGUCACAUCACACAAAACAAUUCAUGUAUUGCGUAUGCAUUAUGCAAAGAUGUUAGAAAACGAUGCAUUCUAAACAAUACAAAAAUAGUAACAAUCUACCCAAACAAUUACAAACUUCCAAACCACCCCUUAAUAACUCGAGCCGGUGAAAAAAAGUUUGAUUACGAAUCAUAUACCAUCCAUAACACAUGAUCCAAAGAGAUGUAAUUACAGCCUAGCGGAAAGGAACUUCAUUGCAUCAUAUUAUACGUACAAAUAAUUAACUUGCUAAGUAGAGGGUUAAGGCCAAAACACUUUCUCAAUUACAGAAAAUUACACGCAAGGUAAGGUAGGAUUUUAGGAAGCUUGCUGUAACUGCCCAGGAAUCUGUCAAUUUUAAUUCUCUAAUGUUUAUUGGGUGCCAGCUGCAGCUUGCAUUGCUUAAACAGAAACCUCCAUUAUAGCUUAUGAUCGUGAAAUUGUUCUCAAAAUUAGGAGUACGGAUCCAAAUGAUUAAUCAAUCCGCGUUCAUAAUUAUGCUCACACUUAAAUUAGUACCCAAUCUAUUUUUACAAACAAUAAUAGUUAUUGCGCAUUUGAAGUAAUAAUUUGCUUCAUAUUGUUACAUGAGACGGUGGAACAAUAAGAACUUUGUGAUUGUCGAUUGUAGUUCAAUUUCGUUGACAUUGUUACUUGUUAGUUAUAUAGUGAUUUGUAGAACGAUAAAAUAUUGUGGUAGAC